AUGUCUUGCAAUUGGCUUAUUUAUUUGGCCUACUUUACGCUGGCACCAACAUUACUGCCAGCUAUUUCAUACCAUAAACGUAACUACGAUUUGAGAUAUGCUAACUCGGAUAUGCCGGAAUGGAAACAAAGGGCUUGUCAAAAAUCUCAAAGAGAGAAAAUUAAUUUACAUUACAUUUGCGAUGAAAAGGGUAAUGUCAAAUGUCUGCCCGGCUGGCAAGGCGACCUGUGUCAAGUGCCGCUGUGUCGCAAAGGAUGCGAUCCAAUGAAUGGCUACUGCCAACGUCCGGACGAGUGUCGCUGUCGCAUCGGUUACACAGGCGAUUUCUGUGAACGUUGCAUACCACUGCCGGGCUGCCAACAUGGCUAUUGCAAUAAACCGUUCGAAUGUAUCUGCAAGCCAGGCUGGGAUGGGCUAUUUUGUACCGAACCAACCUGCCGUUCGGGCUGCCACAAUACACGCGGCUAUUGUGAGGCCCCUGGUGAGUGUCGUUGUCGCCUAGGUUGGGCUGGGCGCAAUUGCAGUGACUGUGCCGUACUGCCCGGCUGUCAACAUGGUACAUGUCAAAAGCCACUCGAAUGCAAUUGCUUGCCCGGCUAUACAGGGCUACUGUGCCAAACAGCUAUUUGUGCAACGGGCUGUCACAAACAGCGUGGCUACUGUGCCAAACCCGGAGAAUGUCGCUGCAGAGUCGGUUGGACGGGCGCGAAUUGUGACCAAUGCUUCCCCUAUCCAGGUUGUGUGAAUGGCGAUUGUGAACGGCCGUGGGAAUGUAAUUGUAAACCAGGCUGGGGUGGGAUGCUGUGCGAUGAACAGCUGACGUACUGCGAUGAACAUCCGGAUACGUGCGCGAAUGGCGGACGUUGCAUAUCAUUCACCAAGAAUGAUGGCAGCUAUCGCUGCGAAUGCAAACAAGGAUAUUUGGGUAAAAAUUGCGAGAUUUUGGAUGAGUUCAUGUUGACCUCAACGGCAGCGCCGCGCAUCACACCGCCACCAAUGCCCAGUUGGGACGAUGAAACGCAAAAUAAUGACAAUGACGAUGGCGAUGACGAUGACAAUGACGAUGAGGAUGAUGGCGAUGUUGACGAUUUUGAUGCCAGCAGUGAUUACCAGCUGGGGAAUUUAGUGGAGCAGGAAAAUAAUGAGACAAUAACUGCAACGAAAUUAAAAAAUGCAACAGCAACUCCCUCGGCGAAUGAUAGGAAUGCUGCAGCUGCCAAUGCGCCAUCAACAAACUCAACACCAGUUCAGACACAAUUCAAUAGAGAAGUGGCAUCAACCCAGGCCACCGUUAAUAAGUUGGCGAUUUUAAAUCACACCAAAUCCUCAUUGGCCAACGUUUCUAAUAAAAAAAUGUCACCAGCAACUGCGGCACAAGCUGACCCAGCACACUUGCCAUUGACAGGAAAUGCGUCUGACGCGAAUGCAGCAACAACGACAGCAACAAAAACAAUAACGGCUAGCACUCAUUUACAUUUAAUUAAUACAACCGGAGUUGCUUUAAAGUCACAUGCUGCCUCGUCGGUGCCCAGCCGAGAGGCAGACGAGAGUAGCAACACAAAAGACACAUAUUUACUCUAUGGUCAUCCGCACGCCAGCAUCUCCUCCUCCUCCUCCCCAGCCACACCAGUGGCCAUUUCAAGUCCCAUACCAAUACCGUUGCAUUUUCUCGAGCCAGCCAUUCAAAAUAAACUCAUUCAUAAAGUCAAUUCAAAUCUAGCAGCUCCUUCCGUUAAUAAUGCAGCCGAUGAGGAUGGCAACGGUGAUGAAUAUGAGGAG